AUGGUCACCCCUCGGCCGAAACCCGAUUCGAGCUACGCAUCGAACCGCUUGACAAGACAAAAUUACCACGGAAAACCUCUGCUGUCGACUUUUCGGGACAAAGAAGCCCCUGAGCCUGUUACUAAGCCCGAACCGGCCACGGAUGAUGAACCUGUGAGCUCCAGUGAAGAAGAAACGAGAAGCAAUGCCAGUCUGGAUGACGAGUUCGGGAAUGAGAGCACGCCUCGUCGCUCAGGGCCGACUUUGGAGGAGAAACUAGCGGAGACGUCGAGAGACAAUAGUACAUCGCUACAAACCCCGCGGACAAAGAGAGGAUUUGAGAGUCCGAGGCCUCAACGCUCGAGUCGUAAGAGGGCGUUAAAAGAUACUGUUACCGUCGAUGAGAAUGACAAUGGCGAUCCUUUUCUAGAGUGUGGGUGGUCUUCACAAACCCUGAAGAGGUCUAGGGCCGAUUAUGGAUCUAAGAAGAAGCGCAACUCUGAAAACAUGGACACGGAAUCCCAGAAGGAUAAUGGAUUUAAGGUCCCUCAGGAUAUUGACAUCAAAAGCCCGCCGUCUAAAUCACGCUCAUCCCCCGAGUUCAAGGCUCCUCCCCCUCUUCCGAAUGAUAUUGUCUCUAGCUCCUCCUUUGCGCCCUCCUCUGCACGAGAACCUGCUAUCUUCGACUCGGAUGAUGACGAUGCUUCGCCCCUUAGCUCCCCGCUUAGCGAGCUAUCUGAGACCGGUUUACAAGAUGUACUAUUUGAUGAUGCGAACGACGUGCAGAAGCCGAAGGAGUCUUUAUGUCCCUGGUGUAAAGAAGCUGUAGACCCAGAGCUCUUGUUACGGUUUCAGUCACAGCCAAAACAGCGCAUUCGAGAGCAGCAGCGGUUCUGCGAUUCGCAUAAGAAGACCGCGGCCGAGAAAGAGUGGCACGAUAAGGGCUAUCCAGCUAUUGAUUGGGAUACGUUCGACGACCGGAUCCGUGUCUAUUUUGAUGACUUAGAGGGCCUCUUGGUCCCAGAUAGCCAGUCCUACUACCGAAACAUCCUAGACUCGACUUUAAAAGCCGGAAAGGCCAAGAACUUCCGGCUGACACUGGAGGGCGAUGGUUUGGAGACGAUCUCUUGCGGUUAUUACGGGACUCGAGGCUCUGGUAAAAUGUUACAAGCUUUGACCACACGUUUCUCGCGUAAGCUACGCCGCCUGGCGGCCAGCGACCACAUUGUGAAGUCGGCUGGCGUGGUGGGUUACGCACAAGCUGUGCUCGUGCCUGAACUAGCGGUCCGACUGGUCAAGGAAGACAUGGGGGUUAGCGACGAAGCCGCUCGGCAGAUCUUGCGCGAUAGCAUCGAUAUUGGUGAAAAGUUAAACUUCGCAUUGAACGACAAGGUUCCGAUUCCCGAAGAACUUGAGGGGCAUUCAGUUGAUGAGUAACUGU